ACAGCCAGUAAUUUUCCAGAGCUCUUCAUGUAGCUUGCACAGAAAAUUCCAGACUCUCCCAAUGACUCUAUUGAGUUUACAUAUGUGUGUGUGUGUGUGUGUGUAAGGUAUGCUGCAGGUGACCAAUUGAUUUUUUUAAAAGCUGUUUUGCCGGGAACUUGAUGAAAUUCUGAAUGAACAACAUAACAUAGCCUGGCCCAGCGACUCAGGGAACACAUGCCUACCUAUUGCUGUUCCAUAUUAAAAAGAGUGCUUUUUAUCCUGAAUGGACUUAUCCUAAAUUAUACCUUGAGCACUUGCCAGAAAUUAUAUUACUGAAAUAAAUCCUUGGUUUUGGGGUAGUAAUUCAACAGAUCGUCUGAAAUUUAGCGACCAUCAUUUUGUGCUAUAUAGUUAUAUGAUUAUGAAUGAGCUGUACUGAAGAGAGAUUGAGUGACUAACGUGCAUUUAUGUAUCUUCUGGUACAUUUGAUCAGCCUUGUAAUCUGGUAGGAGAGGAAAACCUUGUACAUUGGCCUGCCUCGGAUUAAAAACGUGAUUGUUGAUAAUUAACAUAUGCUGAUCUCUAUCUCCUCAUCGUCACAUGGUCUGUCACAUUAGUGCUGACCCCAUUUUCUCUCCGCUCGUCGCCGUCGUUCCAAGAUUGCUAACCCGGGAGCAAUUACAUGGGACUGUAUUCUUACUGACUACUGUGCCAAGAAUCGUUUGUUGUUUCCAAUAUAAAGCUGUCAUAGCAUUUCAUCAGAGAUCUUUUCGAAGGCAUUCAACCUUUGGUGGAAGUAGUUAGGCCUGGAUGAUAUCCCUGUCCCAGGUUGGAGGAAAUAAAAUUGGACUUGAAACAAUUGUGAAACCCCAUUACCAAAUUGAAUACUGAAAAGCAUUUGUUGCAUCAGCCCCAGAGCACUAUUCGUGUUACCAGGGACCUUUCUGGAGGUUUUAUAGUCGAGUUGAAUUCAGAGAGGUGGAGGUUUCCCUUUUUUCUACAUACAGGAACUAGCCUAUCACCCACGCUGACGUCACCCACAACUUCCAGUUAGGCGUUAGAUUAUAGCAACCCUCGUUGGUUGUCACUUCUCAUUCCGCUCAGUUAGGCCCUGUCAGUAAGGUGACAGCAGCAGAUAAAACGGCAACAGCUCGUCAGGAUUUUCUGGGCGAUUCCAAACCAGUCCAUACCGGCUGGUACCAUUAUUUAACCCGGAGGCUUGACGUUCUAUGUGUCUGAACCACGUCAUCAGGCACGGUAGUGAUCGCAAAUCAGCUGAUUCUCCGAUUGCAAAAUCUCACUGAUUUGAUUUAGGCGCAAAUUUCAGAGACUCACGCUCAGUUCAGCUGCAGAACUUUGACACAUUGGGACUUGAUUCUGACUCUGUCCCAAUUCCAAGUAAACUAUCUUAUCUAGAACAACAGUCUUGUCCAUUCAAUCAUCUUGUUUCCGGAUAUCAUCAUUCACCCAGUUGGACAGAACCGACCAACGACCGAAUCAUCAGCUGUCACUUUGGUUGCCUGUUAUCUAGACCAAAGACAUAACGUGGGACCAUGCGUAUGCUCUACAACAAGACUGUACCUCGGGUACAACUUAAAAACGAGAAACAGAUUGCCUUCUCGAAGAAACGAACAUGUUCAAUUAACAAUGAUGUACUCUCUGCUUUUCUCCUAUGCAGCACUUCACCUGCCGGUGGUGCUAUCGACAACAAGAUUGAGCAAGCAAUGGACUUGGUUAAGAGUCACUUGUUGUUUGCGGUGAGGGAGGAGGUGGAGGUCCUGAAGGAGCAGAUCAAGAUCCUGGUGGAGAAGAAUGACUUGCUCCAGGAGGAGAACACAACCCUGAAGAAGAGACUACAAGCCAGCACGGCCCCGUCCCAAGGAAACCCCAACCCCGGUAUGGCCAUAGCCGCUGCCCCACACCAAGGGAUGCCCAUCCAACCACCAGCACAGGAACAGCAGCAGUAUCCCAACAUGCCAAACCAAAUGGGUCAAAAUCUAGGGCAGAAUACGAUGGGUCAAGCGUUGUCGGACCAUGCAGCGUACCCUCAGCACCCAAGACCAACUCAACAGACGCACAGCACGCCGAACCCUGGAGGAUUGCCGGAUUCCAAUCCACAGUACACACCACAGACCGGUGCACACUCGCAGUUACACAUACAAACUGGGCAAACACAGCAGCAGCAGCAGUCGCAACAACCGCCACAACAGCAACAACAUUUAUCGCAAGGGAUGCAGCAGCAGGAGAUACCGCAAUACUCGCAGGUUGCAGCAACGGCACCGCAACAGCAGGCACAGUCACAGGCAACGCCGCAGCAGUACCACACACCGAUGACGCCCGGUGCCGUGGGGAACCGACCGAACACGACGCACUGAUGCUUUCAACUCUAAAGAACCCUUUCUUGCGGAAAGCCACUGCUAAAGAGAUUAGACUGUGUGCCGCUCAGCGUAUAUGCAUUCCACCUUGUGUGACCGCUUGCUCAGUGCUCAAAUAACCACCUUUUCAAAGAUCACUCGCUACUAUCUCGCAUCUUGAGCUAACCUCUAGUAUUUAGCUGAUGAAACUUGGACAACUUUGGAGCGCCUAACGGCAUAUUGGUGGUCUACAAGCUUGAAGAAAAGACUUCCCUUUCCUCUGCUCUCUAUAUAUGAGGAGGAUAAUACUUAUUCCAUCAUAUUAUGCCAGUAUAAAGAUGUUCAAAUCAAAUGUCCAAUAUGACAGCAAUAGCCUGUAUAUAUACACAUAUAUGUAUAUGAUAUUACUUGGGCAAGAUCAAAUGUCUUUGUUUUUCUUUGCAAAAGUACAAUAAACGUGAUGAUAUGUAUGUCUAUUAAAACUGAAGAUGCCUAUUUGUGUCCAGAUUAUGUACUGCUGAACUGUUUUCUUUGUUUGGCUAAGAUAAUAGCCAGGAUGUGCCUAUUUGUUGUUGAUAUUAAUUAUUGUUCUGUACUGUAUUAUGCUAAAUGCCAUACUUCGAAGACAUUUAAACUUGAGAUUUUGAAAAUGUGCUAAAAGGAACUCACAAUGUAAUAGAUAACAGUGUAGAUAAGUAGAGACAUGUAUUAUUCACUUCUUUCAUUAACUGCUUUUUAAUUAAUUAGCUCAAGCUGUAGAAUUAAUUAUCUUCAUAGUUACUUUGAUCAAUUCUUCAAAAGACUUCAGCCUACAGUUUUCUUUUUCUCCCUAGCAUAAACGAAUCUGUUGCAUAUUUAAAUAUUGAUGGAAUCAUUCCAUAUUUUUUGUGCCUGUCACAUAUAUUAUAAGGUGCUCUGUGUAAAGAUUCAGAAUUUAGUUCUCAUGUUUUGUUGUCUUUUCAUUCAUUCAUAUAAUUUUUGCAUCAUUAGAAACAACAGUUGUAAGGCUGGCCGAUACUGAAAGUGCUAAUAGCUGUGUUUAUCUUCUCUUUUCAGGGGUAAAAUUCGGGUUUCAAAAUGUGUUUCCGGGCAGGUUUUGUAGAUGAUAAACACAAGAGAUAUAUUGGCUUUCGGAAAAAUAUAGAAUUCAUGCCUUCCCCUCACAUUUUUACAAGGGCGAACCAAGCAUUUUCUUCUUUUGCACUUCCGAAAGAAAUGUUCUUGUAGCCCCUAACAAAUUGAACAGACAAUUGUAAUAUUCUCAUCAUAAUCAAAUUUCUAUAAAGAUAAGGCAUAAAGAUCUUCUUUUCAAAUGGUUUAUCUCCCUGUCCUGUCCUUCUCAUUAUCAAUGAAUCACCAUGGCAUCAAAAUAAAAUUAUUUAACUGACUUAAGCACAUUUAUUGAAUCAAUUGCAUUAGCUCCAGGCGAAAACUUAUUUUUUAUUUAUUUUCGGGGGGGGGGGGGGCUAAUUUUCACAACUUAUGUUGACUGCCUAAAUCGCAACAUCAGAUGAGCUUUAACAUUUCAAUGAUUGUUAACUAUCCAGGAUUCUUUUUUUUCCAGGAUUCUUUUUUUUUAAUCAUCUAGUCUAGCUGAUUUUAAAUUUGAUGCCUACUUCUAAAAAAAUAUACAAAAACAAAUUUAGAUGUCUGAAAUUAAAUAUUGAGGAAUUAAAAGUUAACAUACAGUAGGUGAUUGUUUUUUUUUUCAGUUGCCCCAUUAUUACUGAGAAGUCAAAUAAUGGUCAAAGAAGUAUGGUUUGCAUAAUUUUGCAACUCUAUCCAAAGUUAUUUUGUUUUCUAUGAUUGUUCAUAGAGAGUUGGAAUUGUAUGAAUGUGCAAUUUUAUAUAUAUUUUUUUUUAAUUUUGAGUGGUGCACAUGAAGCUUGUUUACAAUUAUGAUUUGACAAUGUUCGAUUGCUUCCAAGAAAAUUGUGUAUGACUGUAGUGAAUGGUAUGAGCUGAGUGUGGAUUGUGUUAACGUCUUAUGAAAGUUCUAAUGAAUUGAUUUGCGCAUUUGUGUACAGUAACUAAAUAUAUAACUUCAAAUUUCAGAAAUGUAUGCAUCAUUGUUCUGUUUUAUUGAAUAUAUACGAGAUAUGUCAUCCAAUGUAUAGAGGAGAAAAGAAGGGGAAAAAAGCAGUUUAUUUUGGAAGAUAAUAAAUAAAUUCUGUUUUAAUUGAAUACAAUAGACCACUAAUCUUGUGUAAAAAAAAGUCUACAUCUGGUUAUUGGUAUUUAAUUGUUUGGAAACCCCUACCUUUAGUCACUCAUCCCAUACAUGCAGUAUAUGCACCUCCCAGUUUUAAUCGACUAGGGAAUCUUUCCCCUUAGGAAUUUUCACUUACUAACAUGUAUCUGUAAUGAAUCUUCGCAUAUCAUAUGAGAAUUAUAUAAAAUGCAUGAUGCAUAAUUAUCAAUCUUAAAAAAAAACUCCCUGUGAAGAAGCCAUCUUCUAUGAAUGCAUUUUAAGGAUUAGAAUAUCAUUGAUAACCGAGUCUUCAACUGGUAUAAUCUCGGUUCACAUUGCUAUUGUCAGCCCCCCCCCCCCUUCCCCCCCUCUUUCAAAUGUUAUCUCCAAUUGCGGUGGAUCACGCCAUUAAGCAUCAGUGGUGAUAUAUUGCAUCUGAAUGCUCCUUUUUCACGAGUGGUGAUUGAUCAAUAAUGAUGAUUUACUACCACGUGCAGCCACGUUUGUGAUAUGGAUAAAAAGUUGCGAUAACAUCAGAACGACACGUUUCAGUACCACUGGUGAUUGUCGGCGCUAUCCAUCGCAAGCGCUGAUAACAUCUGAAACUGCCCAAAAUCUCUGUUUUGUCCGUUGAAUUAUAUAAUUUCAUUAGAAAAGCAACAGAAGACAAAGAAGUUAGCACGUUCGGGGAGAUGAAACAGAGCUAUACUCUGAUUAAAAAAGAUACUAAUAUGAAUUUAUAUUAUCCUUGUUAAUGUUCCCCAAAAUGAUGAUUCCAGUUCCCACAUCGUAACUUCUCAGCUUUACUUGGCAGAUAUUAUGUGUGAAGAAUAUUAGUAAUAUCUUGUUUGUUUCAAAUGCAGUCUAACAAUACAUGGAUUAGUAUAUCAUGCUGUAAUUUACUACCAGCAAUGUUGUUUACAAUUACAAGGCUUGUAGUUGUGUGUCUUGCUGGGUAGUUACUUGGAGCACUAGUAGCACGUUCUUUCUAAGGCACCUCACUGACAGUCAGACCCGUUUCUUUUCGUAGGAAUGUCGCUUGCGACUUGUCAUCGCUAAUCUCGACAUUUUGCCAAAGACGAGGCAGUGGGGCUGCGGGAAAGUCGCACAAUGCCUUUACAGCAAGAUUACUGCAAAAAGGUCUCUACUGCGUCUUUUCCCACAGCCCCUGUGUUUGUCAGUUAUGAAAUGCGAGGAUUAGCGACGUAAAGGCGCUUGUGGGAUUCCCGCAGGGAAGUCACUGCCCUGACAUAUGUUGAAAUUCCUACAGUGCACUCUAUAUAUCCCAGUUCAAAAUAACUUCUUAAAAUGAGACAUUACUCUGUUUUCGCAAUCACUAGCAGACUGAGUAAGUGUAGCUUUCCAUGUAUUGGGGUCAGUCAAUAGAUUGUGUAGCAUCUAAAACAUUGUUAUAUCGAAAAUUAGUGUCAUACUUUGUUGAAACUGGCAUGCAGCAUACGUUGCCCUCUACAUAACUUUCAUAGUAUAUCAAUUAUAGGAAUUUCUCUGUUAACACUAAUAUUUAAAUCUCACCUAGACAAUUUAGAUUACAGUAUAAUCAUAUGAUCGUAGAGAGCUAGGUAUUCCGUGUUAUAUUUCAUAUCAUCAUAUCCAGUCAUUGAGAAGAGAAUGCAUUACGUCCUUUGUGUGUUUGAAGAUUUCGAGUCCUAUAGUCUCAAAACAGAAAAAGGGGUUUCAUUCUCAUUGCUACACCCAUACAAUAUAUGAGAUGAAAAAUAUAUUCCAAUUCUAUUUACACAAAAUACGAUGAAUGAUCGUCUUAUUAUUAUAGGUAGGUUGAGAUAGCUAUUCACUUCAGUUUUGAAUUUUUGUUUAUGGCCAGAACGACAGAAGAUCUUGAAUUGAAAGUUGAUAUUGUUAUGACAGUUGUGUUAGCGUAUUUGUUGGAUGAGAUGUUGUUGCCAUUGUCAACAAGCAUUCGGCAUUGCAGAAUUAAGGCUGGAUGCUGUUAUAUUGUUGGAACCAACCUGUGUGUGAAAUAUUGAGAAAAAAAAAUUUGAUUUAAGAUUUUUGGGGUAUACAGUACUGCAUAUAAGACAUACAUGAAUAAAGAAAAAAAUCA